AGAAACCUGUCCUGGAGUCGCCCUUCAUCGAGUCAUACCAGCRGGUUUGUACCUACAACCUGACCCGGCUGGUCUCUGUGAAACUGCCCCACUGCAAACCCAGCGUUGACCCAACCUACACCUACCCUGUGGCCCUGAGGUGCUCCUGUGGGCUCUGCCUGACCAGCACCACUGAGUGCAUAACGUCCGUCUGAACACUUCACUGUGUCUCAGGCUGGAUGUGAACGUUUUGUUCACUGAAGCUGGAUCAGAGCAGAAGUCUGACUUAUUUUAUCUGAUUUUAAACGUCUUCAUUCAACAGCUGAAGUUCUACAGCAAACUGAAAUCUGUUCCAAAGAUAUUUAAAGAAAUAUUCUUUAGGUUUCAUCCUGUCAACAGGGAUUAUAGAUUGUGUUCUUUGUGUUUUCUAAGUGCAGCCUGAUUAAAUGUGGGGUACCUCAGGGCUCCUGCUUCAGUCCUGUUAUAAUCAUCUGUUUCAAUAUUAAAGCUGGGAUCAUUUUAAAUGUUCCUCUAAAAAAACACUUUUAAUUAAAAUUUUAAAAACUAA